AAUACACAUAUGUUACCUCACCCGAAGGCAUAUGUUAGCACAAUAUCCGCGAUUGCACUAGCCUACACAACGAAGUCUCUACCAGUCCGGCCACCUCGCCGGAAUUCCCACCGACGCCGAACCAUAUCGAUAAAACUGCAACAUAUAUACUUUGAAGAGAGAGAGAGAAAGAAUAGCAGUAGCAGAACGAUUUCAGAGGUGAGAUGGGGGUUGAUUACUACUACAUCUUGAAAGUGAGUCGCGAUGCAAGCGAAGAGGAGUUGAAGAAAGCCUAUAAGAGGUUAGCAAUGAAAUGGCAUCCAGAUAAGAAUAGUACUAACAAGAAGGAAGCGGAAUCCAAGUUCAAGCAAAUCUCCGAGGCCUACGAUGUGCUAAGUGACCCUAAGAAGCGUCAGAUCUACAAUUUGUACGGCGAGGAAGCGUUGAAAUCCGGUCAAUUCACCCCGACCUCUGCAAAUGGUGGUGGUUACAGUGCUCGUGAUGUGGAUGAUAUUUUUGCGGAGUUUUUUGGUGGAUCUGACGGUGUUAAUGGUGGUCGUCGGAGUUCAAGUUUCGGUGAUAGAGGAAAGGCGGCGGCGGUGGAAAUUAAGUUGCCUUGUAGCUUGGAGGAGCUUUAUAAGGGUUCUAAAAGGAAAAUGAAUAUCUCAAGAACUAUUCUCGAUGACUCUGGGAAGCCUAACACUGUUGAGGAGGUGUUGGCAGUGCAUAUUAAACCUGGUUGGAAGAAGGGCACAAAAAUUACUUUUCCUGAUAAAGGCAACCAAGAACCUGGCAUUGCCACUGGAGAUCUUAUUUUCGUCGUAGAAGAGAAACCGCAUGCCAUAUUCAAGAGGGACAGGAAUGAUUUGGCCGUCACUCAUAAAAUUUCCUUAUUGGAGGCUCUUACAGUGGAGACAUUCAACCUGACGACCUUGGAUGGAAGGGAUCUUACAGUCCCGGUCACUGAUAUUGUCAAACCAGGCCAUGAGGUGAUACUUCCAAAUGAAGGAAUGCCCAUCUCAAAGGAACAGGGGAAGAGCGGAAACUUGAGGAUCAAAUUUGAUGUCAAAUUCCCAUCGAGACUUACUGCAGAACAAAAAUCUGAUCUAAAGAGGGUCCUUGGUGGAUCUGCUGAUUAGUCCAGGGAUCGUCUCAAUGGUUGAAGAACAUCACUAACACGAACAGUGAUAGUGCUCAAUAAACAUAAUACAUUAUUUUCCCCAUAAUGGAGGUAAACUGUGCAUAUUAGGCAGAUAGUUUGAAAGGUAGAUGGCAACGUUUAGCGUUUUGUGCACCAUGAUAACAGCUAUUUUAGAUAGUUAGGUUCCACUUACUCUCGUAUUUGCUGUGACUUUGAAUGCCAGAAUCUAGCUGUUCUUGGGUUUGAAGUGGCUAGAUUCUUAACAUUAUGUUGUGUAGAUUAUAGAACGGCAUGUGAGAUUGUUUGCAGUUUUUUGUUCACUAGUCUCUGGGAGAGAGAAUUCUAGAUUUAUCAAGUUUAAGCAAUAUAC